AUGUUCCUCGGCUGGAGUAUCCUAGCCAUCAACGUAACCUUGGCCGUCUUCAAGUUGCUUCUUCUCGCCGCCGUCAACGCAACCUUGGCCAUCUUCUCGAGAUUCGGAGGUGAAUAUGCCACCAGCAUCCGAUGGGCCCGAUACGGCGGGUAUCCGGAAAUGUGCUACGCCCUCGUCAACUCCCGCAAGACCGCACCCAAUCCAGCCAAGGCCGUUGUGAUUGUAGCGUUCUUUUCAUGGAUCAUAGAGAGCUCUGCAGACAAGAUCGUCCUGAAAUUUGUUAGCCGUACAGUACAUCAAACCAAUAAUUCCUAUGUUGUCACAAGUACCCCGCAAUUCAUCAAUAUGGCCGAUCCGUCCAUGUCCACAGACUGGUCAAGGUCUCUCGCACCCGGAGAGAACGUUGUCGAUAUCAUGGGACAGAUGAUCAACGACACAAGAAUCAUCCCCGGUGCAGUGAGCGGCCGGACUUAUACACCACGAAAAUCCGAGUAUGAGAUCGAGUGCGACCAGUUCCGCCUGAUUCUCAGCGGAGGCUCAAGGAAUCGCCUCCCUUUCAACAAUAGUGGUUGCGCAGACAUCUUAAUUCAGCCGUAUGACUCCUUUGGCGCUUCGCAACCAAAUACCACUUUCAUCAAACUCUCGAGUGACCGCUGGAGCCUUACAACCACAAGAGGCGCAGAUAACUUGUCGCGGCUGCCGGUCUCUGGUUUUAACCUGACCCACGGCAAUUGGUCCUGCUCGUCAAUGGACAAGCGAUCGACUGUGGCUUUCGCUCUCGCGGACGGAUUGAUCGACUUACCCAAGACCAUAACAUCCAAGCAUGUCUUCCCCUCUGGAGAGAUCUCAGUCAUGACCGUAUCCUUGGCGUGGUUCGCGUCAACAAGCUUGGACAAGUUCCGCAACGUUUCAACCGCCAUCUUCGACGAUUAUAAUAAACUGUUCCAAGGCAUGGAGACUUUGGUUUCCAAGACGCCCAUCAAGUCAAACACGACUGUGUUUAUGGAAGCGAGGGCUGUGGACUCUACCGUCGAUAUACUCACAUGCUUCACCCGCGUCUCGCCCACAGGAAAUAAGGCUUCCUUGGCCUGCUUGUAUAAUUCACUCAGUAUCAUCUUGCUCAAGCGACAGGAGGCCAACCCGAUAAUCUUAGAGUCUCUAAGAGGCGAGCCAUACCCUAUACCAAAUACAGAAACCCAUGUCGCGAGUAUAACCUAUCUGCCUGAGGUCAUCAACGGCACGGCACGCCCAUUAUCCUUGUCAGCCUUCGGAAAUGGAACCACCGGGGCCUCCAAGUUCUUUGCGUCGCUCGGCCAAAACUUUCUCCAAGACUGGCAUUCUGUGCAACUGCACAUUCUCUACGACACUACUGACCCCGAAGUGGGAAUGGACGUUCCUGACUGGUUGGUCGCCUGCGCCCUGGCGACCAUGGGGGUCUGUUUGUUACUUAUUGGUUCGAGCUGUCUGUUGGAUAAGCAUUACACCUGUUCGCCUUACAAAUUCUUCUCCAUGAAGCUUGCUUCGCGAAUGAACGCCUCCGCCCCGAUGUUGAUGCGAUGCAAACUCGAUCCGCUUCAGUUUGAGGGCAUUCAGGCCAUUUGCAUAGAGGAGAAGCAGGACGUGGACGCCAGGAGCUCCAAGACUUCUUUGUCAAUGACUCUUUAG